UGAGGCCGCUGUAUGAAGCGCGCUGAUUUAAAAUUCAAACGGAGAGAGAAAAGAAGAGCAGCAGAGCAGACCGUUUGGCUGUUUGAGAGCCCAAAUCCCAAUUUGAAAUUCCCAAUCGGUCAUGUAGUCCAGAUUUCGCAGUUAGAGCUAAGGAUAGCUCCUCUUUUACUCUUCCUCUCUACGCAUGUAUGCAUUUUGUCACCUGUCGUCUUCUAGGAUGUCAGAUUUCUUGGUCAGCGACCAGCCAUUAACUACAUUUUAGAUUUAACCUUUCUAAUUUCGUGAUUAUAUAUAGUUGUUAAGAAUCAGCGGCAUUCAAUUACUCAUCCCACCAGCACAAGUUUGUUUCUUUUUUUCUCUGAAUUGAAUCCGUUGGCUAGAAAUCUGUAAGGAAGAUGAUGAGACGCCAUGGAUGGCAGCGUCCUCUUCACCCUUUACAGAUAGUGGGCAUGUCUGUCUUCAUUUUCCUCGUCGCGGCAUUUUAUUGCUUUCUGGGCCUUUUCCUUGGCAACAGGGUUGCUGAAAUCACCAUCACUAGCAUUUUCUCCUUUGUGGCAUUUUCAGCUGCAUUCCUAUUCAUUAGGUGUGCAGCUAUUAAUCCUACGGAUAGGACCAGAUUUAGGAAGAAGAUCAAAGGGAAGUCCACCGCAUUUUCUAAGCUGAAUUAUGGGGCCCUAUUGGUUCAAAUUGUCAUGAGGUUUUUCAGGAAGGUAGAACGCAGAAUCCUUAGGACUUGUAUAAGGAGAAACUACCUUAAUCCCUGGAAAAGUAGCCUUCAAAUGGAGCCCCUAUUCCCAUUUCCCCUUGUUAUGGAUGAUUCAGUUGCUCCUGAGAUCAGAGAGGAUGACAUUUCAUUUUGUUUACUCUGUGAUUUUGAGGUGAAAAAGCACAGCAAGCACUGUAGAACCUGUAAUCGCUGUGUUGAGGGGUUUGAUCAUCACUGCAGGUGGUUAAACAACUGUGUAGGGAAAAAGAACUACACGACGUUCAUUCUGCUCAUGGUUUUUGUCUUGAUAAUGCUCACACUUGAAGGAGGAAGUGCUGUUGCUAUAUUUGUCAGGUGCUUUGUUAAUAGGAAAGGGAUAGAAGAAGAGCUUGAGAGGAGACUCCACGUAAAGUUCCCAAGAGGACUUCUGGCAGCUAUAUCUGUUUUGUUGUUUUUGAUGACGGCAUAUAGUGCAGCAGCACUGGGGCAACUUUUCUUCUUCCAUUUGGUUCUCAUUCGAAAGGGGAUGAGAACCUAUGACUACAUUUUGGCAAUGAAAGAGGAGAACCAAUCCAUGGAUCUGGAGUCACAGGAAGAUUCAGAUUCUUCUUCAGAUGAGAGUUCAGACUUUGGUUCGCCUGAGAAACAAUCAUUUAGCUCGCGUCUUAAAUGCGCAGAAGGAAGAAUAAAAAGCCAGAACCCACACAGAUUAUCCAUAAGAAUCGAUGGAGAAUCCGAAUCAUCCACACUGAUGAAAAAGCAAGGAUUUCGUGCAAGCAUCAACCCAUGGAAGCUGAUAAAAAUGAGCAAAGAGAAAGCCAUGGCAGCAGCAGAUAAGGCAAGGGAAAGGCUCCUGAAGCAGAAAGACAAUGAGUUGAUGAACCUGAAGCCACUCCCUCUAGAAACAAAAAGUGGGCCACUGAUGAAAAACCACAAAGAUGAAGACACCGCAGCACCCAUCAUCUCCAAACCACCAUUCCCAAGCCCAAGGAGAAGAUUCUCAUACUCUCCAACACUUAGUGGCACUGUGCCAUCGCCACAACAGAGGUAUAGAAGCAACUUUGAUCUGAAGCUCACACAGGUCUCAACAGAACUGGAGACUUACAUUUCAAGGCAGGUAUUGUGCUCCGUUUUGACCAAAGAUGAGGCUGCAGCCACAACCCCAAGAUAGCAGAGCAGUAAUGAAGGAGAGUUGAUUAAUUAAUAGUUUUAUUUAUUUGUGUUGAAUUUACAUGUACAAUACUCACAGCUCACUAACAGGUUGCUUUAAACCAUUUUAGUGAAUAGUUGCAUCGGUCUACAAGAUGGGGACAGGACUUGAAUCCUA